UCGCCGCCCGCGGGUUCCAUUGAGAAAAGCUGAGCGGCGGCGGCGGCGAGUGCGCGGAAGCGGAGGAGCCGGCACCCGCCCGCCGGGCAGUCCGCGCACCCGCAGCGCAGGACCGUGGCCUCUCGGGCCUCCGCGGCGGCGCCAGCGGCUCCGGGGCUGGACGUGCGGGCUGGGGCGGGCCGGGGCCGCCGCGGAAACCGGGGCCGGGGCGAUGAGAGGCCCGCGGCCCGCCGCGCCCCCGCCGCCCGCCGCCGCCCGCUCGGGGCUAGAGGCGGCCGCCGGGAGGGCGCGCGGCGCCGGAGACAUGUCCAGGAGGAAACAGAGCAACCCCCGGCAGAUCAAGCGUUCCCUUGGAGACAUGGAGGCCGGAGAGGAGAUGCAAUUGGUGGGCACCAGCCACACGGAGCAAAAGGCCACGGCGCCUGAAGCCCCGAGCCCUCCCAGCACAGAUGUUAGCUCACCCCCACCGCCACCGACCCCCACAUCCCCAGGAGGCCCCAAGGAGCUGGAAGGACAGGAACCGGAACCCAGGCCCACGGAGGAAGAGUCGGGCAGUCCCUGGAGCGGGCCAGACGAGCUGGAGCCGGUGGUGCAGGAUGGGCAGAGGCGUGUACGGGCCCGACUCAGCCUCGCCAUGGGUCUGUCCUGGGGCCCGUUCCACGGGAGUGUCCAGACCGGAGCCUCGUCGCCCGGGCAGGUGGAGCCGAGCCCAGCCCUGACCCUGCUGCUGGUGGACGAAGCCUGCUGGCUGAGGACGCUGCCCCAGGCCCUGACCGAGGCCGAGGCCAACACAGAGAUCCACAGGAAGGAUGACGCGCUCUGGUGUAGGGUCACCAAGCCGGUGCCCGCAGGGGGACUCUUGAGCGUGCUCCUCACGGCCGAGCCCCACAGCACCCCCAGCCGCCCUGUGAAGAAGGAGCCAGCAGAGCUCACGUGCCCAGCCCCUGCACACGACCUCCAGCUCCUGCCCCAGCAGGCCGGGAUGGCCUCCAUCCUUGCCACCGCAGUGAUCAACAAAGACGUCUUCCCCUGCAAGGACUGUGGCAUCUGGUACCGCAGCGAGCGCAACCUGCAGGCGCACCUGCUCUACUACUGUGCCAGCCGCCAGGGCGCCGGCUCCCCGGCCGCAGCUGCUGCAGACGAGAAGCCCAAGGAGACCUACCCCAACGAACGCGUCUGCCCCUUCCCCCAGUGCCGCAAGAGCUGCCCCAGCGCCAGCUCCCUGGAGAUCCAUAUGCGCAGCCACAGCGGAGAGCGGCCCUUCGUGUGCCUGAUCUGCCUGUCGGCCUUCACCACCAAGGCCAACUGCGAGCGGCACCUCAAGGUGCACACGGACACGCUGAGCGGUGUCUGCCACAGCUGUGGCUUCAUCUCCACCACAAGGGACAUCCUCUACAGCCACCUGGUCACCAACCACAUGGUCUGCCAGCCAGGCUCCAAGGGUGAGAUCUACUCGCCAGGGGCCGGACACCCAGCAACCAAGCUGCCCCCAGACAGUCUGGGUAGCUUCCAGCAGCAGCACACGGCCCUGCACGGCCCCCUGGCCUCUGCGGACCUGGGUCUGGCGCCCACCCCAUCGCCAGGACUGGACACAAAGGCCCUGGCAGAGGCCACCAACGGAGAGGCCAGAGCAGCCCCCCAGAAUGGAGGCAGCAGCGAGCCCCCGGCGGCCCCCAGGAGCAUCAAGGUGGAGGCGGUGGAGGAGCCGGAGGCCGCCCGCGCCCCAGGCACCGGAGAGCCUGGGCCCCAGGCCCCGUCGCGGACGCCGUCGCCUCGCAGCCCCGCCCCGGCCAGGGUGAAGGCCGAGCUGUCCAGCCCCACGCCGGUCUCCAGCCCGGUGCCAGGCGAGCUGAGCCUGGCCGGGGCCCUGUUCCUGCCGCAGUACGUGUUCGGGCCCGAUGCGGCGCCCCCAGCCUCGGAGAUCCUGGCCAAGAUGUCCGAGCUGGUGCACAGCAGGCUGCAGCAAGGCGCGGGCGCGGGAGCCGGCGGCGCGCAGACCGGGCUCUUCGCGGGGGCCCCCAAGGGCGCUACGUGCUUCGAGUGCGAGAUCACCUUUAGCAACGUCAACAACUACUACGUGCACAAGCGCCUCUACUGCUCGGGCCGCCGCGCGCCCGAGGACGCGUCCGCCGGCGCAGACCCAAGGCGCCCCUCGGCCCGGCCCGCGCGCCCCGGCUGGCCGCCCGCCGAGCCCGACGCGCCGCGCUCGUCCCCGGGCCCCGGAGCGCGCGAGGACGCGGGGUGCGCCACGCCCGAGGACGGCGGCGGCCGGGGCAAGCCGGAGGGCAGCCAGAGCCCGGGUAGCUCCGUGGACGACGCUGAGGACGACCCCAGCCGCACGCUGUGCGCCUGCAACAUCCGCUUCAGCCGCCACGAGACCUACAGCGUGCACAAGCGCUACUUCGCCUCGCGCCACGACCCGCCGCCGCGCCGCCCGGCGCGCCGCCCGGGGAACCCCGGCCGGCCGCGCCCCCGGCCCCCGCCCCAGUCCGCGCCCGUUGCGCACGCGGCAGACGCCGCCAAGCUUUACGAGCUGCACGCGGCCGGCGCCCCGCCCCCCCCGCCGCCCGGCCACGCCCCCGCGCCCGAGUCGCCGCGGCCCGGAAGCGGAAGCGGUCCCGGCACCGCCCCUGCGCGCUCGCCAGGCCCGGCGGCCGACGGUCCCAUCGACUUAAGCAAGAAGCCGCGGCGCCCGCCCCCCGGAGCCUCGGCACCAGCGCUGGCGGACUACCACGAGUGCACGGCCUGCCGCGUGAGCUUCCACAGCCUCGAGGCCUACCUGGCGCACAAGAAGUACUCGUGCCCCGCUGCGCCACCGCCCGGCGCGCUCGGCCUCCCCGCCGCCGCCUGCCCCUACUGCCCCCCGAACGGCCCGGUGCGCGGGGACCUGCUGGAGCAUUUCCGCCUGGCGCACGGCCUGCUGCUCGGCGCACCCCUGGCCGGCCCGGGGGUCGAGCCCCGGACGCCGGCCGACCGCGGCCCCUCGCCCGCACCUGCGCCCGCUGCCUCCCCGCAGCCCGAGCCCCGCGGCCCACGGGACGGCCUCGGCCCGGAGCUCCAGGAGCCGCCGUCGGGCCCGCCCCCGUCCCCAGCCGCCGCGCCCGAGGCCGUGCCACCCCCGCCGGCGCCCCCCUCCUACUCGGACAAGGGCGUCCAGACCCCCAGCAAGGGCACGCCGGCGCCCCUACCCAACGGCAACCACCGGUACUGCCGCCUUUGCAACAUCAAGUUCAGCAGCCUGUCCACCUUCAUCGCCCACAAGAAGUAUUACUGCUCCUCGCACGCCGCCGAGCACGUGAAGUGAGCGCCACACUACAGCCGCAGACGCUUUGCACGCCCCCCGGCGAGGCGGGGGGGGGCCGCCCCCAGGCCGUACGGACUCUGGCUCCUGGGAACCCCGCCAUGCACAGGCCUCGGCGGAGGGGCUCGCAAGGGACAGCGCCCGCCUGGACCCUUGGCACUUAAUAAAGAAGUACAGUUUGAUGAG